UCUAAAUUAUUAAUUAUAGCAUAAAAUCUCAUAAUAAUUGCUAAUAUAUUCCAUAUAUUCCGUCAAUCAAGUUGGAGAAAGUGACACCGAAAAUUCUGCGACGAGCGUAAACAUUGAGCUGAGGUGGGAGCGGAAUUCCUCAAAUUUUUCAUUGGCCAGUGGGCUGCGAUUUAUUGCAGAGGAAGGUGGAAGACGAGCAGAGAAUUGGAAAACCCAUCUUCAUUCGUUGAACUCUAUUGUUCGAAAAUUUUCUGAAAUUUUUGCUACUUUUCGAUUUCGAAAUAAUGGCAUCAGCUGCAACGGACUCUGUCCCACACUCCAAAUUCUUUUGCUACAAGUGCAACGAAGAGAUACCUCGAGUACUUGAUGAUUUCACAUGUCCGAUAUGUAAAGGCGGCUUUAUUGAAGAGGUACAAGAAUCUCAGAAUGCAGGUAGUGGGCCAGGGUCGGACAGUGCUUCCGAUGCGACCUUUGAUGUCGGUGGUGGAUUCGACUUUUUACAGUUGCUGAGAGGAUUAUCCGAACCUUCAGGGGGAGGAGGUGGUGGUGGGACCUCCGUCCGAUUUCAGACGGGCUCAAACCCGGCAACUUUCCAGAGGACGAGGUCAGAAGGUGCUCCAUCGCCAGGAACUAACAAUCCAGGAUUUUCAUUCGUUCUUGGUCCUACUCAAGGAAGAGGUGGUGGAACUGGACGAAGUAAUCCCAAUCUUGAUAAUCCAAUGGAACAUGUUUUAUUCACGUUUCUCAAUGACUUGAUUCACGGUCUGGGUGGGGGUGCUGCAGUGGGUGGGGCAGGAGUUCCACUGUUAUCGAAUGUUGGAGACUACGCGUGGGGUCGUGAUGGCCUUGAUGCGGUCGUUACUCAGUUAAUGAAUCAAAUGGAAGGAACCGGUCCACCCCCUCUUGCUACGGAUAGAAUAGACACGUUGCCGGAUGUUACAAUUAAUCAAGAUCAAGUUGAUCGUAAGCUACAAUGUUCAGUAUGCUGGGAUGAUUUUGGAGUAGGCGAAGUUGUUAAGAAAUUAGAAUGCGAACAUGUUUAUCAUCCGGACUGCAUAAUUCCUUGGCUCAAACUGCACGGAACUUGCCCAAUUUGUAGAAAAGAUUUAACCGGACAAGUUCGUGAAGGAGAAACUGUACAUGAAACCCCCUCCACCCGAUUUGAACCCAUGGCCGUAGACGACGAAACGAGUAGUAAUCUCCAUUCGAAUGAAUGCCCCAUUGCUGCACAUCGCACGCCUGCUACAGCUUCAGCACCAUCAUCCGCUAGGAACUAUUCCUCUUCUAAUGCCACCAGUAGUCCAAUGUCGAAUCCCGUAGUUCAAUCAUUGAAUCAGAUUUUGAAUCCAUUGCUAUCAGGAUUGGCAGGUCGCACCUCUAAUAACACUUCCAAUAGUACCCCACCUCCUCCUGGUCCCCAUGCAUCAAGUCAACCAUCGACACAACCCCAACAACAACCUGGAGAUCGACGUGGACCAGGUGGCCAAGGGUUUGACAACAUGGAUUUAGAAUUCGACUGAAAGCGGGUGAUCUCUAGGUCUAGAAGAACUAGGUUUACUAUGAGCAUCAUGGAACUUGUCACCGUGGCUGUUCUAUGUAUGCUCUUGUACUAUUUUAUAUUCAGUAGAGCCUUCACCUAACGGUAUACAGCAUACACGAUAUGAUGCAGGCGAAAAAAAAAUCAAAAUUGUUUAUUUCAUACUUUCAUAUUUCUCACUCAAAUAAUAUUCCAAUCCAGAAAAGUAUCCAAGUGAGAACUGAGUAAUAACAAAACUGUUCCCAGUACUACAUGUUUAACCACCUAGUCCAAAGUCUUGCAUAAGUAACGAACGCAACCACUAAACUAACCAAACCUCUGAUAUAUGCAACUUUUCUAAGGGGCUCACGUUCUCGUAAAAAUAUUUAAGAUAGAUAUGUAAACAUUCAAAUAAUAGAAACAUCCUUCAACAAUUUCGUUGCGCAGUUUGCAAUUUUGUUUGUAUUGCGACUGGAUUUUGUAAAUGUACACUUUUUUUUAAAUAGUUGGUUAUCGUUUCCAUUAUCAGCAAAUCAAUAAAAUCAAUAAAUAGCUGCGUCACAAAUUACUGUGAAGUUAUGAGUAUAAUAACAUGCAUACAUAUUUGUCGAGGUUAGAGUUCAGUUGUUAUGUAUUAUAGAGAAAAGCUUUUUCCAUGAUGGUUGUUACUUUUACAUAGUCAAUUACAAUACUUGCUAUCGAGUCGAAUAUUUAAUGUCAAGAAUCCCAGCCAACGCCUUUCUCUCUUUCAACACGCAAACCUUUGUUACACGGAUUUCACAAGUAUUUUUUAAAACCUGUCGCCUUAUUUAUUAUUCCUUUCGUUAUUAUAUUUGUUAUUACACACACACUGCAAUAAGAAAUUGAUGACGAAAAACAUAAAAAUAUGUGAUAGA